GUUUCAGGGGGAAUCUAAGUAGAUCGGACGCUGUCAAAAUAAACAGCUGAGCACCCGGAGACAUUUAGGAAGAAACUUAAGCCUUCUACAGUCCCAAAAGGAAACACAAGUCAGAGAUUUAUUCCUGCCCUCCUAAAUUAAGAAAAACUGGACAUCUGCAUCGUGACUAAAGCUGCGCAGAUUUCCAUUCUGUGAUGGAGGAGGAAGAUGACUGUCCAGAGUUGGUGCCUAUCGACCCCCAGCCGGCUCCACCUGCACAGCAGAUCCCGGUCACCAUCAUCACAGGCUACCUUGGAGCUGGAAAGACAACACUCUUAAACUACAUAUUAACUGAACAGCACAACAAACGGAUUGCUGUCAUUCUCAAUGAAUUCGGAGAAGGUAGUGCUCUUGAGAAGUCACUUGCAGUGAGCCAAGCAGGAGAGCUAUAUGAAGAGUGGCUGGAGCUGAGAAAUGGCUGCCUCUGCUGCUCUGUCAAGGAUAAUGGCCUUAAGGCAAUUGAAAACCUGAUGGAAAAGAAAGGAAAGUUUGAUUAUAUCCUGUUAGAAACUACAGGACUUGCUGAUCCAGGAGCGGUGGCUUCCAUGUUCUGGGUUGAUGCAGAGCUUGGCAGUGAUAUUUAUUUAGAUGGCAUUGUGACUGUCAUCGAUGCCAAGUUUGGGCUACAGCAGCUAAUGGAAGAAAAGGCAGAUGGAUUCAUCAAUGAGGCAGCAAGACAGAUUGCUGUUGCUGACUUGACCAUAAUCAAUAAGACUGACCUGGCGACUGGGGAGGAACUAAACCAAGUCAGAGAUGCUGUCAGGUCUAUAAACGGUCUUGUCAAAAUUCUAGAAACCCAGAGAUCAAGGGUGGACCUCUCUGAAGUUCUGGACCUGCAUUCCUUUGACAUUGAGGAUGGAGCAAAACUUGCUAAGAAGCUCCAGCUUGUGAAACCCACAGGACCUCAUCUCGACAAGAGUAUUUUAACUGUGAUGUUUGAGGUGGCAGGAGAUCUUUCAGAAGAUGCCCUGAAUGCCUUUAUCCAAGAUCUUCUUUGGGAAAAGAAAUUCCUCAACAAAGAAAAGAAGCCCAUGACAGUCAUCCGCUUAAAGGGAAUAGUAUCAUUUGCAGGCAAAGACCAACAGGUGAUGCUGCAGGGGGUCAAUGAUCUGUACGAGCUCAAUGACACUCCUCAACUUUGGGAAGACAACCAACGAAUCAACCGGCUGAUUUUUAUAGGUAGAAACCUGGACAAGGACAUUUUGGAAGAACAUUUCAUGAAGACUGUAAUUCAGAACUGAAAAACUUAACCAAGCCUUUCCCUUGUGUAAAAUUUUUCAAACAGUUAUUUAUGGCUAUAAAAAUGUAUGGAGAUCUCACGGCUGCAGCUUUGAAGACUAGCCCAGAUACUGUAUAUGAAUGAUAAUGGAUAAUUUGGAGUUUGAAUUUUCUGAUUCAGCAGUUAAAGGUAAUUUUAAUGUAAAAAAUCAUAUAUAUAUAUACGUAAAACACCCUCAUUUUCCAUCUUUUGAAUAAAAUACUGUUUCCUAUUAUUUUAUACAAAAUAUAGUCUUGCAUUCUUCCAGGAAAACUAAAUUCUG